AUGGCCCACCUGCUUUUCUUCGUUUUGUUCUUUUUUGUAAAUCUGCUGCUGCCUGUCAUUUAUUGUGAGAAGGGUGAAAUUUUACCAUUUGGUGAAAUUCUCUCCAGCGUUGCAGACAUAGCCAAUGUGAUUACACCCCAAAAGGAAAACGCGUCUGUUGAUCCCGUGGCUGCAUCUAUCAGCAGGAUCAACUUGAAAAUAGUCCCAUCCAAAAAGUUGAGCAUCACAAAAAAUGAUUUGAUGUUCCUCAUGUCGGAGAUACGACAGGAAAUUAGGAGACAGAUGGAUAGCCUGGAGGAGGAGGAACGAGAAGAAAUCGAAAAUAUGCUGGACUCCCUAAACACGCUGGACAAGGAAGACCACACAACGCCGAAGCAAAGCACAUCAUACAAUGUACAAAUUGGCGGUGAGGAAGAUGAGGAGGAUGCUCAAAAUGGUCGAACCAAGGGUACACGGUUCAGUCAGAAGACCCUGCGAAAUGGUAUUGCUGCUUGGCGUAGAUUAGUUGGCGUGGAUUUGCCGUCGUAG